ACUGAAAGGCAAAAAAAGGGAACUGCCCAGUCUGCAAGCCUUCACUGCGGGAGAAGCGCCACGGGCUCGGAGCCCGCGGGGGCGGAGCGGCGACCAAAGCCGCCGGGAGACGUGCACACCCCCCGGCCAGACAGCGAGUCCGACCCGGGCGUCCAUGGGGCUCCGCCUCUGCACGACCCCCACCUCAACCCGGAUCGCGACCCCCGGCUCCGGCGCGCGGCGGGACUGAGCGCCACUCGGGACUCUGCGGCGGGAGCGCGGCCCGGAGAGGCCUUGUGGAGUACCAUGGCUGAACAACUCCUUCCUCAGGCCUUGUAUUUGAGCAAUAUGCGGAAAGCUGUGAAGAUAAGGGAGAGGACUCCAGAAGACAUCUUUAAACCUACCAAUGGAAUCAUUUAUCACUUUAAAACUAUGCACCGAUACACCCUGGAAAUGUUCCGAACCUGCCAGUUUUCUCCACAGUUUCGGGAAAUCAUCCACAAGGCUCUCAUUGACAGAAACAUCCAGGCUUCCUUGGAAAGCCAGAAGAAGCUCAACUGGUGUCGGGAGGUCAGGAAACUUGUGGCUCUGAAAACCAAUGGUGAUGGAAAUUGCCUCAUGCAUGCGGUUUGUCAGUACAUGUGGGGUGUUCAGGAUACAGACCUGGUCCUGAGGAAGGCCCUCUGCAGCACUCUCAAGGAGACGGACACACGCAAUUUUAAAUUCCGCUGGCAGCUGGAGUCUCUGAAAUCUCAGGACUUUGUGGAAACGGGACUUUGCUAUGACACUCGGAACUGGAAUGAUGAAUGGGACAGCCUGAUCAAAAUGGCAUCUGUAGACAUGCCUGUGGCUCGAAGUAGACUUCAGUAUAAUUCCCUGGAAGAAAUCCACAUAUUUAUCCUCAGCAAUAUCCUCAGAAGACCCAUCAUUGUCAUUUCAGACAAAAUGCUAAGAAGUUUGGAAUCAGGUUCCAAUUUUGCCCCUUUGAAAGUAGGAGGAAUUUAUUUACCUCUCCACUGGCCUGCCCAGGAAUGCUACAGAUACCCCAUCGUCCUUGGUUAUGACAGCCAGCAUUUUGUACCCUUGGUGACCCUGAAGGACAGUGGGCCUGAAAUCCGAGCUGUUCCACUUGUCAACAGAGACCGAGGAAGAUUCGAAGACUUAAAAAUUCACUUUCUGACAGAUCCUGAAAAUGAGAUGAAGGAAAAGCUCUUGAAGGAGUACUUGCUGGUGAUGGAAAUCCCAGUGCAGGGCUGGGACCAUGGCACAACUCAUCUGAUCAAUGCUGCAAAGUUGGAUGAAGCUAACUUACCAAAAGAAAUAAAUCUGGUAGAUGAUUACUUUGAACUUGUUCAGCAUGAAUACAAGAAAUGGCAGGAAACCAAUGAACAGGGCCGGAGAGGGGCACAUACACAGAACUCUUCGGAACCUCCCACACCCCAGCUGUCCCUCAUGGAUGUAAAGUGUGAAACCCCCAACUGUCCUUUCUUCAUGUCCGUGAACACUCAGCCUUUAUGCCAUGAAUGCUCAGAGAGGCGGCAAAAGAAUCAGAGCAAACUUCCAAAGCUGAACUCGAAGCCAGGCCCUGAAGGGCUCCCUGGCAUGGCACUCGGUACCUCAGCUUGGAACCCUGAGGAGCCAUCUGGGGGACCACAUUCAGCCCCACCGACAGCACCCAGCCUUUUCCUGUUCAGUGAAACCACUGCUAUGAAGUGCAGGAGCCCCGGCUGCCCUUUCACACUGAACGUGCAGCACAAUGGAUUUUGUGAGCGUUGCCACAAUGCCCGGCAACUUAACGCCAGCCACACUGCAGACCCUGGUAAGUGCCGAGCCUGCCUUCAGGAUGUCACCAGGACGUUUAAUGGGAUCUGCAGUAGUUGCUUCAAAAGGACUACAGCAGAGCCCUCUUCCAGCCUCACUUCCAGCAUCCCUCCCUCCUGUCACCAGCGCUCCAAGUCUGACCCCUCGCAACUCAUCCAGAGUCUCACCCCACACUCUUGCCACCGAGCUGGAAAUGACAUCCCCUCUGGCUGCCUCUCCCAGGCAGCACGGACUCCAGUGGACAGGAUAGGGACGAGCAAGUGCAGAAAGCCUGGCUGCAUGUAUUUUGGGACUCCAGAAAACAAGGGCUUUUGCACACUGUGUUUCAUCGAGUACAGAGAAAACAAACAUUUUGUCACUGCCUCUGGGAAAGCCAAUUCCACAGCCUCCAGGUUCCAGAACACCAUUCCGUGCCUGGGGAGGGAAUGUGGCACCCUCGGAAGCACCAUGUUUGAAGGGUACUGUCAGAAGUGCUUCAUCGAAGCUCAGAACCAGAGAUUCCAUGAAGCAAAAAGGACUGAAGAGCAACUGAGAUCCAGCCAGCGCAGAGACUUGCCUGGAACCACUCAGGGGGCCUCAAGGCCCAAGUGCACCCGGGCCUCUUGCAAGAACAUCCUGGCCUGCCGCAGUGAGGAACUUUGCAUGGAGUGCCAGCACCUCAGCCAGCGAGUGGGCUCUGUGGCCCACCGGGGUGAACCCGCUACUGAAGAGCCCCCUAAACAGCGCUGUCGGGCCCCUGCCUGUGAUCACUUCGGCAAUGCCAAGUGUAACGGUUACUGCAAUGAAUGCUUCCAGUUCAAGCAGAUGUAUGGCUAAGUACAAACAAAUGGACCGGCCCAGCAAGAAGGGCCUCCAGUUGCUAACCAGAGUGGUGCUAUACUCCAGACCCCUGAGUGCCAUGGGAGGGGCAGGCCCUGGGACAGUGGCCUUGAGAGUGAGUGUCUUUGAGCAAAGAAAGCAAGAUAAGCUCUUCAUUAUGGCCACGACCAUCAGGUUUUGUAACCAGGAAUAUCCCCAGGUGAGCUACGAGCAGAACUUGGGACUGGCAGUGCAUGACCUCAGGCUAGGCUGAAGGUGCUGCUCCUCUCCUACCAAGCAGAAGGCUGAGGACAUCUUUGGACUCGGAAUGUGUGCUAGGAUUGGUGGCAGCUCCUGUGUCCACCUGCCAGGACUGCUUUAUCACCUUGCCGGAAACAGGAAGAAAGGCUCGUAGGCAGGUGGGUUGGGAGUCCUAGAGCCGUCUUACUGAUUUCUGGAAGCUUUUCCCAGAGAUACAAAGCUGAAUCCUCAGGGCACCAAGGCCCUCUGCAAAGAAGCUCAAGGAAGCUCAGGGAAUAUGGACAUAGAGCACAUCUGUAGUUGUCUUCCCUAUCUGCCUAGUUGGGUUCCAAGGUUCUGCAGGAAAGCAGAACCACACACAGACUGUGAUUAUGAGGCUGCUGAAAUUGAACAUGUUCACACAGAGAUGAAACUAGCUGCUCUUGAGUGUCUGCACCUUUAAACAGCAGAACAUUUGGGUAGGAAGGCGUGUAACCUUGGGUUGUCACAGUCUUUCUGCACUUCUGAAGAGAUUAGCUUGGACUGAAGUGUUUAUCAAAGUGUAUGUAUGUGUAAUACACCCUUAUAUUAUGUAUGAGGGAUUUUUUUAAUUGUCGAAGUGCUGCCCUAAAGAGAUAAAAAUAGGAAGACUGAAUUGAAUAAUAAUAACCUGUUUUCUGGUUGUUGUCAGGGCACCCACAUGUAUACAGCUUGUUAUGUGAAUUCAACAAGCGGCCUUCUUCAAGGAAGCUCUCAGUGUAUUUCACUUUAUUUAUUACAAACUUCAAAGUUAUUUAAAUGAAGAUUUUCUUCUGCAGUAUUUUCUUGGGGUAACAUAUUUGCUGUCAGUCAUGUUCUGGGAACCUGGCAAGUUCCUGACCAGGGUGGGGAGGUGGCCUCUUGUUUGCGCUUGUUGCCUCCCUAGGAAAGAAGGAAUUGCUUUAUGAAUAAAGCUUGUAGAAGCUGGUGCUUCUUAUAAGUCUCCUGCCAUUCAAUGAGAAAUCAUUGUCUGUCUUCUGUAGAUGCUUCUGAGUAUCCUACCUCCUUGGAGAGAAGAUAAGGAAAGUAGUGGGGAUGAGCGUGGGGAGGGGCAUGGAAAGAUGUGGCCUUUCAUGAUGGUGUUGCUUGCUGUAUAAAUGCUGUGCCCUUGGCCUAUUGGAUAGGGGCCAGUGACACAGCUUGGGACAGCAAAACCAGUAGCCAUGAGAAUAAGGAAAUUUCUGUUAUUAUCCUGCAAUGUGUCUGUGUGCUUAACUUUAGUGUCACUCUUGCCUUAGGGGGGAAAUGUUCCAGAGGUAAAGGCUGCCAUUUUCGUGGUCUGACAUAGGAACUGAAGAUGUUUAUGAUACAUAUCUCUGCACAGCCUUUCCUCAUAAAAUCUGACAUGUCUUUUUCCCUGACAUGUCUGUCAUUUCUUUCCAAAGAUGUCAAAUACACUUCACUGUUUUCAUCUAGUUCUUUCAAAGUUAAUAACCUAAUAUUUUAUGUCUAUCAAUAUUUUCAUUCUUAAUGUGAAACAAUGGAAUUAUUUAUACUUACUAUAGAAAGUAUGUGAAAUUUGCACAUUUAGUUGUCUUUCGUAGGAUGGGAUCUACCUUUUUUUGAUUUCUUCAGAUUGUUUUAAAGAACUGUAAGUUCACAAAAGACAAUAUUAAAAAAUAAAUUA